AUGGGCUGUGGACAGUCCCAGCCCGCCGAGGACCAGAGACGCGUGCCCGGGCCCAAGAAGGGCUGGGAGGAGGGAUCCAAGGUUGAUGUCAGAGUGACUCAUUCCAAGGAGAAUCGCAGUCCCCAGACUGACAGUGCAUGGCCCAAGGACACUGUGAACAAGGCAGAAGGCCUGGAUGAACAAGCCCAGAUGGGGAGCUUACCUGGAAUUAUUCCAGAAAGUUCUCCACCUCCUGGUGAAAGAAAUGGAAGAUUGAAUUCAGACCCAGUGACAAAUGGAUUAAUCAAUAAGACCAAACCUCUAGAGACUCAAGAACGACAAAAGUCAUCAGACAUUCUGGAAGAACUCAUUGUUCAAGGAAUAAUACAAAGCCAAAGCAAAGUAUUUAGAACUGGAGAGUCAUAUGAUGUCAUGGUGGACACAACUGAGAAGCCACUAAGAAAGCCACCAGCCAGACUGAAAAAACUUAAGAUAAAAAAGGAAGUAAAGGAUUUCACAAUGAAGGACAUAGAAGAGAAGAUGCAGGCGGCAGAAGAGCGUAGGAAGAUGAAAGAAGAAGAAAUAAGAAAAAGACUACAGAGUGACCGACUUUUUCCCCCAGUUAAUCAUUCAGAUUCAGCUCAACUAGGAGGAUCUGAGGUUCCACUUGUCAAAGGACUUCCAACUGUGAAUUCUGCCUCCUUUGAACCAUCUGACCCACAGGGAGGAGAGGCUCUGAAGAGGAAGAAGAGUAAAAGUGAGGCAGCCCCAAUUGACAGAAACUAUAACUAUGAAGGUUUUGGGGUCAUAGAGUCAGACAUGUCCUACAACCAAGAGGACGACAUAUUCUGA